CAAAAACAAAAACAAAAAAAAACCAAUUAUCCCAAGAAAGAAAGAAAGAAAAAAACCAGAGAGAAGAGAGCAUGAAACAGAACCAGAACAAGUUCUUGAGAAUAAUCUCAACGCCUCUAAGAGCUUUAGGCAAGGCACGUGACUUUUACGUGAGAAGCAUCACGGGUUGUGCAGCUCGGACUCACUAUUCCUCCUCGGCCUCAGUCUCAGCUCCUUUUCCUAGGAGCCGGAGCUCAUCAUCGGCCGCCUUCUCCUCUUCCGCGUCUUCCCGGAGAACCACGGAUUUCGGGAUCGAUGAUGAUUACAGCGAGCUGGUGAGAGCAGCGUCGGUGAGGAGUCUAGGGCACAAGAGCGAGAUAGACAUGUUGAUACAAGAGAAGCUGCAGCAGCAGAGGCAAGCAGGAGGAGGAGGAGGAGGAGGAGGGUUGUUGUUGCCAAAGAGCUCGAGUGUUGGGAUGGCGAGGAUAGAGGAAGAGGAAGAAACAGAGGAAGGGUCUGUGAAUCCGAAGAUGAAGAAGAAGACUAAGAAAGUCUCUGAUCUUUUGUAUCCUCGUAGCAAAUCCUACGCUGUUACUACUAGUGGCAGCCUUCAAUUGUAAUUUCUCUUCUUCUUCUUCUUCUUCUUCUUGAUUAUAUUGUUAGUGCUUUUGUUGAUUUGAUGAUUUUUUAUCAUAUUUCUCUAGUCUUAGCUUUAAUUUGUGCGUCGUGAAAUAAUAAUAAUAACAUUACAAGUGAGCUAAACCUAUAUAUGCUCUCGCUUCAUAUCCAAA